AAUCUGGCGGCCCAUGCGGGGGUUAAAUGUCACAGCAACAGGGGCAGGCCCUGCCCACGCUCUCUACUUUGCCUGUUAUGAGAAGCUGAAAAAGACACUGGGAGACAUCAUCCACCCUGGGGCAAACAGCCAUGUGGCUAACGGUACCACAGUCUUUCCUCUCCCAGCACAGGGGGCACACUACCGGGUUUACCACGCAAAUAUAUUCACAAAAGUGUAUUUCCAAUGCAGUUAAUGCAUGUAGAGAAAAAUUAGAAACUUGUACUGUUAUCUUUGGGUACUGAUACAAAUUUAGAUUAGCUUUCAUUUUAAUAAUUGUUCCCACUAUUGAUACAAUAGUUGAGUUUGAUACAGCCAGGGCUGGGGUCAAUUCCUUUUUUUCAAUUCCUUUUUAAAAUCCAUUUCCAAUUUCCAUUCCAUUUUAAUCAAUUCUAAUUCCUUCAAAGGAUACCGAUAAAGGAAUUGGAAUUGGUUUUAAAUUGGAAUUGACCCCAACCUUGAAUACAUCGUCUUAAUUGUUUUACAGGACUUAUAACAUUACCUCAAUUCAUUUAAAUACAAUGUACAGUAGCUGUGGAUUGUGUAAAUAGAUUACUUGUAGGUGUGCAGGCAUGCAGCAUUUCUCACACAACAUGACUUUGUAUUAUAUGAUAACCUGAGCAUAUGCUGACAUUGCAGUUUAUCAAAAGUAAUGUUCAGUGCAGUAAACUAUGUACAGCAUGUGAAUGAUACUCCAUAGUUUGCAUUUUGUGUGGAAAAUUCAGUUAUAUUUAAGUUUUAUCAUGAUUGCAGAAUGUAACAGCUGAAACACUAUUCAGUUCAGUUGCUUCUUGACAUUUAGUAUUUUUGUUUUCACAUUGAAAAUCAGUUUGAGCUACUACAGGUGGUGGUGUCAAAAGUGUAAGCCAAAGUUUGUAUUUCAACCUGAAAUGGAUCCCACUGCAGUGCAAAUCCAGUUCUUGCUCAACUGCUUGUUCUGUACUUAACUAUCCCCAUUCAUAUGGAUAUUAAGACAGGCAAGCCACUCAAACCCUGAUUUGAGAUGUGGGUCUGAAGCAGCUGAAGGCUCUGCCACUGGGCCAGCAUGGGGUGGGAGCUGGUAAGUUUUGUGAUUGGUCAACUCCCAAACUGCUACAGCUGUUGUCACGAAAUCACAAGCUCACACCAAGUUUGUGUCCCUCUGAUUGAUUGAUUGUUUUGUUUUUUUUGUCGUCUUGACUCUCGGUUAUCUUGAGCACUUCACUGAAUUGCAUUAAAUCUAUUUUUCGAGGAUUGAACUUCGGGGAACCUUUGAGUUCACAUGUUCUCUUUUAGUGAAUAUAUAAAGUUACAGUGGCUUGUUUUGUAUGAAGGUCCCUUUUUUUUUUUUUGCACUGUGGAUCCUUUUUUUUCAAAACCAAGCUGACACUAUCUACCCCUCCAGUGUCAUUUUACAGCACUGUAACCUGUUGCUGCUUGACCCACAAAAAACUCCAAGGCAUUGGCAGCAUAAACUUGUCUGUUUCCUCCAUGCUACCCAAGAGUGUUGACAUGGGUUGUUGAAUGUGUGAUUUAAUACGACUGUUUGACUUGCUGACUGACUGGUUCACUUUGGCGAAUUAAGGGUGUGGUUGGUCAUGUGAGACAGUGAACAUGAAGAUAAUUGGAUUGGUAUGUGAAGAUGAAGGUGAGUGUUAAGGUUUCCAAACACCAGACGCGAUGCGAUUUUUAAAAGAAAAAUUGUCGACGAGACAUUUUUGCAGCAAUAUGACCAUACACACCAGAAGCGACACAGAGGCGCUGCGACAGGUUUGAAAACUGCCAGAUCGAUAUACAGCUGUUCAAAAUUGCUAUUGACAAAACUAUGAUCAAGACUGGUACAUAUUCGUCAACAUGAGUGUGUUCUCUGACGGUAUUUCAACAUAUGGCAAUAAAUUGUACACACCAGGCUUCUCCAGUUCCUUCGAAAUGGACUCCCAUAUAUUAUCUUUCAGAUCUGUAUCUUUAUAAUUGUGAUGUCCAUUGUCAGAAAGCUCUAGGUAUUUUUUCAAUGACGAGUAUUCCUUGUUUCCUCCGUCAUUUAAGAUGAUUUCUCAGUGCCCUAGUUGACGCGUGUCAGAUUGCAAAAAAUAGGAUUUAAUCCUAUUUAUUUCACUUCCCUCUGGUGCCGCACCUGUGUCGCCUGUCGUGUCGCUGUGGUGUGAAAGAUACUGCACAGUUCCGCUUGCCACAUCGCGUCAGGUCAGGGGGAUGCUGGGUGCUGCUGGGUGUGUCGCCACAUUACUUCAUGAUGCAAUGAUGAACCCAGCUGAAGUGGUGAAGCAGAGGAUGCAGAUGUACAACUCGCCUUACCGCAGCGUUUUAGACUGUAUGAGGGCGGUGUGGCUGAAGGAGGGUGCGGCCGCGUUCUACCGCAGCUACACCACCCAGCUCACCAUGAACAUCCCCUUCCAGGCCCUGCACUUCAUGACCUACGAGUACCUGCAGGAGACGCUCAACCCUCACAGACAGUACAACCCCACCUCACACAUGGUGUCUGGAGCACUUGCAGGGGCUGUGGCUGCCGCAGCCACCACCCCGCUGGACGUUUGCAAGACGCUCCUGAACACCCAGGAGUCUCUGGUCCUGCACUCCCUCAACGUGAGCGGACACAUCUCGGGCCUGGCCCAUGCCUUCCGGACGGUUUACAGGCUUGGGGGGGUCCCGGCUUACUUCAAGGGGGUGCAGGCCAGGAUCAUCUACCAAAUGCCUUCCACGGCCAUUGCCUGGACUGUCUAUGAGUUCUUCAAAUACUUCAUCACCGAGCACCAACAUGCGAAGCGAAAAGCACAGCGGGAGAGUGAAAAAUAAUCCCAAGAAGUCAUCAAAAAUAAAGUUGAAAGAAAAAAUUAAAUAUAGUUUUAUCAGGACUUUAAAACAAAAAAUAAUACGCACAUAGAAACAUGCAGAACAUUUGAAACGCCCCUCAGCCAGACAAAAUGAACAUAUGCUUUUAUCCUUAUUGUCCCAUUUGAUUGGAAGGUGCCGUAGUUAACUCCACAAGGGGGCACUGUGGUUCUUCUCAUUUAACACUCAAAAUAGUGCUUGUAAAAAGUUUUAAGUUUGGUUUUAAAAUUAGGAAAGAAGAUUUAAAAAAAAAAAAAAAAACCUUUGGAAAUGUGGUUGAAGAAGAUAAACCUGAGAGUAAUAUAAUAAGUGAUAAUUUAGCAAACAGUGCAAAAGACUAGUUAGCUUGUCUUCCAAAGUAAUACAUUGUGGGAGGUGGUUCUGCGGUUUUAUGAAUGUCAAAUAAGUUUCUAUAUUCCUGCCUUUAGAAACGUUUGAGCUUAUGCUAUUGGGCACUAAAGAAGUGGGGACUGAAUACCAGUUUACAGCCCAAUAUAUGCCCUCCUACAUUAACAUUAAUUUUUAAACUACUGAAGAAUCACAGUGCAUGGCAGGUAACUUCCUGCCAGCACACUAACACAGAGCUAGAUUUCACAGAGAACCUCUGGUGUCAGAAUUCUUAGCACUAAUCUCAUAACCAAAAAUACCACAAACUACAGAUUUCUCUGAUUUUAAUGCUUCACAGGCUAGAGAUUGUUGCCUUACCAUGCCUACAUUUAGUGUUAAGGUUCUGGGCAUGAUUUCAGAUAGGCAUUUACACGACAUUACCAUAGAUAAACACGAUCUUCAUUCCAAACAAAUCUGCACAGAAGUGCCUUUGCACUGGAACUGGUUGGGGAUGAAGAAUCGGCGGUUUGCAUCAUUGUAGCAGAGUCUGGUUUCCGCCAUGUUAACUUUGGCACUGAUCACUAUUUCCAUCCUGAUAGCUUUCAAAAGUGUAAACUACUUAACCCUUGGAAUGCUGGAUUUAUACAUUACCCUUUUUUGAGAGGGGGAGCGGUUUAAUUUAUUAUAUAUUUUAAUGAACAUAGUGUCACAUAAAUUCCUUAUACAUCGCUUAACUGCUAUUUGAGUAGCAACCAACGAGUGAAAAGGUAGAAUGGUUCUAGAUGUGUGAAAAAUCCAUUUAUCCAUGGACAAAAAAAACGCCUGGUGUGGAAUUACAGGGAGAAAUCUUAUUUGUGUAACACUGCAGUUUGAAUGGACCUGAUGAGUAGUUUCCACAAAUCAAAGGGAUCUUGUUCACAUACGAUCUGCAGAUCUUUAAAAAGAUAGUGCUGCAGUACUGUGACAGUUGAGGCCACACCUUUUGAACUGAUACCUUCCUGUUUUAUAUUUUGCAAAGUCACCCUUUUUUCUUUUUAAUUGACAGAAGUUGUUAGAUCUAUAUAUUAUUUUUAUAAAAUAACGGACUGUUGUGAAUUCCAGUUAUAACACUAUCUGUUCUUGCCAACCCCAAGAUAGAAUUAUAACCUUGUUCAUCACUGUUUCCUAUCAAUUGUUCUAUAUGUGUACUGUGUUCCAAGGGUUAAUUAAGCAGUAUUAGUAAACCAUGGCUGUGAGGUGUUGAUUGUUGUCUGGUUGCCCUGUAAUUGUCAUUUGUCAAUAAAAAUGGUGGCAAGCAGUUGCUUUUAUGGGAGCUUUCUGCUGAAGUUCAAUGA